GAGGAGAGCAAAUAUUUUUCUGUUGCAAUUGAUGGAAAAAACGCUUUAUCUGAUUUUCGAACGCGACCAUCUUUCGAAAUGGAAGCUAGGAAAUUUCUCGAGAGGAAUCAGCAGCACUGACGGCGAACUCGACAAAUUUUGUUGCAGUACUUUUAGUAGAAUUUAUUUUCAAAAUGGCCGCUACGAGGAGAUUGCAAAAGGAGCUCGGCGACCUAAGGGCGUCGGCGAUGAAAAAUUUCACAAAUAUUCAAGUAGACGAAUCCAACAUCCUCACUUGGCAGGGUCUCAUACUGCCGGAUAAUCCACCAUAUAAUAAAGGAGCAUUUCGUAUUGAAAUCAAUUUUCCUGCAGAAUAUCCUUUUAAACCACCAAGAAUAAAUUUUAAAACAAAGAUAUACCAUCCAAAUGUAGAUGAAAAAGGCCAGAUAUGUUUACCAAUUAUAAGUGCUGAAAAUUGGAAACCUGCUACAAAAACAGAUCAAGUGAUCCAAGCUUUGAUAGCAUUAGUGAAUGAUCCUGAACCUGAACAUCCACUGAGAGCGGAUUUAGCAGAAGAAUUUUUGAAAGAUAGAAAAAAAUUUUUAAAGAAUGCCGAGGAGUUUACGAAAAAACACGCCGAGAAAAGACGGGAAUCAUCAUCUUCUAACGAAUAACGCCGAGUAAUUGAUUUUACUCACCAUCACCACCGCGAUGCCUGCCGCCCGUCAGCUGAUUCAAAGUCAAGCCAAUGUAUACCUG